AUGGCUUCAAGUAUGUUGGCUGGAGAGCGGAGGUGGGCUUCUGCAAGAAGGGGUGGAAUGACUGUUUUGGGGAAAGUUCCUGCACCAAAGCCCUUGAAUUUACCCAGCCAAAGGUUAGAAAAUCAUGGUUUGGGUCCCAACGUGGAAAUUGUUCCCAAGGGUACGCUUAGCUGGGGAAACCGCUCAUCUUCUGCUUCAAAUGCAUGGAGUUCUUCUAUGCAGUCUCCAAAUGCUGAUGGUGGCACUAGUUCGCCUAGCCAUCUCAGUGCCCGCCCUUCAUCUAGUGGAAGUUGUACUCGACCAUCAACUGCUGAACCUGUGUCCGAAAGCUCGGUAGCAUGGGGUCCAAGUAGUGCUGCGGGAAGAUUGGGUGCGAAAUCUUCCAAGGAAGAUGGGUUCUCUCUGAGUUCUGGGGAUUUUCCUACACUUGGUUCUGACAGAGACAAUUCUGUGAAGGAUAUUGAAUUGCAAGAUCAUGUCUCUCAUGACCAUCCUAGCUCUGCUUCUGGCAGAAUAUCUCAGACAGAUGGGAAGAUUACGGCUCCUCAGGAUGUUACCAAGAGUGGAACUAAUAAUACAUGGAAGAGAGAUGGUACCCGAUCUACAGAGGAUGGUAUUCAUCCUAGCAUGGAGAAGUGGCAAGGGGAGCCCCAACAAUAUUACCACUCCAAUGUUCCCCCUCAGCAUUUUGAUUCAUGGCGUGGUCCUCCUAUAAAUGCUCCAGCUGGCGUUUGGUAUAGGGGACCUCCUGGGGGACCGCCAUUUGGAGCCCCUGUUGCUCCUGGUGGCUUUCCAAUGGAGCCAUUCCCUUAUCAUCGUCCUCAAGUUGUACCUGUGCCUUUAGCUGGUUCACAAGCAGUUCCUCCACCAGGUGCCGCUCCUAGAGGUCCCCAUCCAAAAAAUGGAGAUUUAUACAGGGCACAGAUGCCCGAUGCCUAUGCACGCCCAGCUAUGCCGUUUGGGCCUGGUUUUUACCCUGGUCCAAUGACUUUUGACAAUUAUUAUCGACCACCAAUGGGCUAUUGCAAUGGCAAUGAACGUGAAAUUCCAUACAUGGGGAUGGCUGCUGGCCACCCUGUGUUUAAUAGAUAUCCUGCCCCAAGUGCUCCCGAUCCUAGUUAUUCCCAUGGCAGAGCAGAUGGGCGUGGGUCCACGGGCAAAGCAUUGUCGGAAAAAGUGGAAGCUGAUCAUCUAGAGGGCCCUCAAGGACCCCACAACAUUCCGCUAAAGAACCAGAAAGAGUGGGAUAGGAAGGAAGAAAGAGAAAAUUGGGAACAAAAUUUACGGUCUAGUGCCUCACAUCGUGGAAAGCAUGGUCUUCCCUGGAUAUCAUCCCGGAAAACUGAGUGGGGGGCUGAUGAUGAUGUGGAGGAAGAUAUAUUUGGUGAGCAGACGACACCAUAUGAGAACGCUCCUCAUAAUUUUGAUAGUCAUUCUACGAACACUGUCAAAGUGAAGUCGUUGAAAGGAGGCAAUGUCAAAGCAGUUAAUGACAAUUGGACAAAGAAAUCAGAAAUUGUGGCAUGUUUUCCUCCUGAACAACCAAAGCAAACUCCAGCUAGUGACAGAGAUACAUCUUUACUGGCCCCAACAAAUGAUUCAGCUCAAAUGCAGAAAAUUGAAGUUUUAAAUGCAAAAGUCCGUGCAACUGAUGGAUGUCACGAGGUUCCCUCUGCUUACAACAGGGAAGAGCAAAGGAGUGGGUAUCAAGUUGUUGAAGCCAAGUUUAAUAAUUCUACUGUUGAAGCUGGCAGUACUGCUGGAUCUUUUGAAAGGACUUCGGCUUCUGGAGAUUUUGUCCCUGUCCCCCACGAAGUGGUUGUUCCAGUAGGAGAUAAGAUUUCUCAGUCAGCAGCUCUCGUGCCUAGGAGAGCAUAUCAUGGUGGGCGUAGAGUUGACCAUCGCGGUAAAGGAAAGUUCUAUGGCCAGGAUGAUGAUGGAUGGCAGCAGAAGUUUGAUGUGAUUACAGCUUCAAAUAUUGAAUCUUCAAAUGAUAUUCAUGCAUGUGGUUCUGAGGAUACUGAGAACUCAGUGAUCCAUUCUGUGAUGGAUGGAGGACAACCUCGUGCAGAGUCAUAUGAUUCAACUGAAAUCCAGGCACAGCGUGCAAAGAUGAGAGAGACAGCAAAGCAACGUGCCUUACAACUACAGAAGGAAGAGGAAGAAAGAACGAGAGAGCAGAAGGCCAAGGCUUUGGCUAAAUUGGAAGAACUGAAUCGGCGAACACAAGCAGGUGAAGCUGGAAACCAGAAAGCCGAGAGAACUCAGGGAACCCAGAAUGCUGAGACAGCUCAGGGGAUUGGUGUCUUCCAGGGAGAGCAAAAGGAAACACACGCACUUGCUGAACAAGCAAUGGUUAACCUCAAGUUCCAGGCACCUGGCCCUAAUUUGGUCUCAGCGUCUGGCGUUGUUUCUAACGACAGAGAGAGCGGUGCUAGCCAUCAUAGAGGAUCUCCUAAUAUUUCCAGAGAUUUACCCAUGGAGACACCUUGGGCAUCUCAUUUGGAACACAUUUCUCAUGGUCAGUCUUCGCCUUUGAAACAGGAUUCUUAUAAUGCGGGUACCAUAAACGCAUUCGAAUCUACUGAUGAAAGUGUCUCUGGACAUAAGCAAAUAUUAUGUAAACAAAAGCCAAAUGAUCCAUCACAGAAGAAUUCAAAUGAAAAGUCAGCGCUAAUUGUCACAGUUGAGGCUCCGAAAGAUCUCACUGAUGUAUACGUUAAUGAUGUUACCUUGACGGAGGUUGCUUCAAGUGUCAGAGCAAGUGGCGAGACAAAUGCCCUGAAUACCUCCAAUAUCAUGGCUGAACCCACCACACAUCAGAGAAGGAAAAGUUAUAGGCGUAGUAAGCAUAAGCAGAGACUAGACGAGGCUGCUGUAAUCUCUCCAAUACUGUCAGCAACACUGGAGGAGACUAAUCGUGCAAAAGAGUCCAUUGAAACUGGCAAGUCCAAGGCUGUGCUGUCAGUUUUGGAUAGCUCAGUCUCAGCAAAGAUUGAGCCUGAUGGAGGAGUGCAGGCUUCUGAGGUGCAGUCUACUUUCCAUGAUGAAGCAGUCCAUAGCAGAGUAAGCAAACAGUGGAAAUCUCAGUCCCGCAGAAUGCCACGAAGUCUACAGGCCAAUAGGAUUGUGGAAAAAUUUCAUAGCAAUGACAAUAUAAUGUGGGCUCCUGUGCGUUCACAAAGCAAAGUUGAGGGUGCAGUUGAAGCAAGUCAAAAAUCUACUCCUGAAUCUGCGACUCCAGCGAAGAUUGAUAAUCUGGUGCAGAAUAGUUCAAAAGGCAAAAGGGCUGAAAUGGAGAGAUAUGUUCCGAAGCCUGUGGCUAAGGAGCUGGCACAGCAAGGAAGUAUUCAACCAGUGCCAUUAUCAACUAGUCCUACACUAGAAGAGGCUGCUGGUAAAGCACAACCUGAGUCAGCGGGAUCUGCAAGUCCGCCACCUAAGAGCUCUGCAACUGGAAUUGUUGGGUCUGGUGUAGACUUCAAGGAGGGAGAUGGCAGGCAUAACAAGCAAGGAAAAGCACAUGGAACAUGGCAACAACAGAAUUUUACAGAACCAUCGAAUAGGAAGAGUGUGCAUCAUGGACCAUCUUCUACUUCUAACCCAAGCAAGGACAUUCAAAGAUCCACGGUCCAAAAUCAAUUUGUGAAGCGUGAAGUAAAUGCACCAAAAGCUGAAUCACAUAUUACCAGAGAGAACAACACGUUGGAUAGCAGUAACAUGUCCAAUGUUAUUGAAUCAGCUGCAGCUGGAAAAUCUCUUGCUGUGAAAGAUCAGAUAACAGGUAGGGGAAAGCGAUAUCUAUCCAAGGGCCAUAAAAGCAUGGGAAACAAUAAUGAUCCUGAACACAUGAAUAUUGUUACCAGUGAAUCUGCAGCUACUGAUGUGAACCAGACAGACAGAACUAUUUCUUCAAAAGAAAGUCACAGCUCUGGGGAGCGAAUAUCAUCUCAUUGGCAGCCCAAGCCUAACACAAAUUCAGAAAAUAAUCAGAACCGUGGCAGAGCUGCUGGAACUGGAACUAUUAAUGUGGAAACUGAUAGGGCUUCAAAAAGGGAUCAUCGUCCCCAGCGUAAGGUGCAUGUUCCACCUCAAGAUGACAAAAAAAACUGUGAAGUUGAUCGACCUCAUCCAGAUGAGUCUGUCCCUGAAAAUAAUAUGGCUGAUGAGCCAAAUGUAGGGCAUCAUCAAGAGUUGUUCAGAGAGAGGAAACCUGCUCCAGUGAAAGAUGUAAAGCAUCAUCAAGAGUUCAGAGAGAGGAAACCUGCUCCAGUGAAAGGACGUCCCUAUUCCCCAUCGCAAGUUCCUGUUGGAGUUGGUGAAACAGCUCCUGCUGCUGCCCAUACAGCUGGUCAUGAUAGCCGGCAACACAAUGUAACUGCAUUUCGUGAAAGGCAGAGGCAGAAUGUGCAUUACGAAUACCAGCCAGUUGGGCAGAAUAAGAAUAGCAAAACCGAGAAGCUUGUAGCGUCUGGAGAUGGAUCUAAUGAUGUAGCCCCAAGAUACAGAGAGAGAAAUCAGAGUCAGUCAAAGCGUGAUGGAGGAGAUUUUCACAGGCGUCAAGGUGGUCCUGCCCGGGUCGAUUCUGGUCACGACUAA